AUGGCGGCUAUUAUUGGGUGUCAAGCUGAGGUUUUCCCGUUCAGAUAUCUUGGCCUGACUGUUGGAGCUAACAUGAAUAGGGUUGCCAACUGGAAGCCGGUGUAUGAUAUAGUUGAUGCUAGACUUGCGAAGAGGAAAGCGGUGAUGCUUUCUAUGGGAGGGAGAAUUACGUUGAUUAAGUCGGUCCUUGAGAGUUUACCGACUUAUUACUUUUCUCUUUAUAAAGCCCCGGUUCAGGGAGAAGUUGGUAACGGGGUUUCGAUUCAGUCCUGGAUUGAUCCGUGGUCGAGUGAUGGGCCUUUGAGUCUUAGGUUCCCAGCUCUUUUCGAUUUGGAGAUGAAGAAAGAUUGUAAAAUUGCCGACAGGAUCGUUAUUUCUGGUGGGAUCUCUAGAUUUAGUUGGCAAUGGAAGCGGCCGUUGGAGGCCGGGCAGGAGGUCGACGAGAUGAUUGAUUUAUGCAGACUGCUUAUUAAUUUCGAGCUAAAAGAGGAGGUAGAUAAGUGGGUUUGGACUGGUUCGGUGGAUAAUCUGUUUAGCGUUGGUUCGGUUAAGGAGCUUUUGACUAAAAAUAUAGAUUCACAGGGGAUUUAUAUUCCGAGCAGGUGUAGAUGGAUCCCUCGGAAAUGCAACGUAUUUAUGGAUGCUCUCAAGAAAAGGAAUAUAGAUAGGGGAGAUCAAACUUGUGUGCUUUGUGGCGAAGUGGACGAAACUGUGGAACACCUUUUUACUUCGUGUAAUAUUGCGUCGACAGUUUGGUCUAUUGUGAGCAUGUGGUGCAAAAUUCCUAUGAUUUGGGCGUUUUCGGUGAGGGACCUUCUUGAAUCACACGAAAAUAUCGAUCUCAAAGGAAAGAAAAAACAAGUUAUACAAGGUAUUAUUAGAAUCGGUUGUUGGAGUAUUUGGAAGGCUAGGAACGAGUCUAGAUUCAACAACAAUCCUGUGAAGUUGGAGGUGAUUAUUAGGGAGAUCAAAUCGGUGGGAUUUUUAUGGCUUAAUUCUAGAUCUAAGGAUAGUGCUGUUAAAUGGGAGGAGUGGUGUAAUUUUGUAAAUAUGUAA